GCGGAUAAACCGUAAGUGGGCGGGAAAAGGCAACAAGAGAGGUUGGAAGGGCUUGUUGGCGUUGGCUGCAGAGACGCAGCGCGAGGGAAGUCCGGCUGGCGGGGAGCGGGGAGCAGCUGUGGGCGUGUGCAGGCUGGGUGAGGCAGUGCCGGGCGGGCGAUGGCAAUUUCCAAAGUCGUGUCGUGUCGAGAUUUAGCACGGCCGUUAAGCCUCCCCACACGAUCGCUCGUCCGCGUGUCGGCCUCCCUCUCCAGCCAAUUUCAUCUUGUCGCCCUCCCCCUGAUUGUCUUGGGUGUGUCUUGUCUUGGUCUUGGGCGACCGACGAGUCCUCCCGUAGAGCCUUUCAAACUCAGCCCCGUUUGUGUCAGGAGGGGGCCACGCACUCUCGUUACUUUCCCUCACACCCCAUUACAUCUCCUACCACCACGCACCCACCCACUGCAGCCUCUCUUUUCCUCCCCCCCCUCCCCGAAUCCUGUUUUCCUGCCUUUUCCCUUCUUCGCCGCGCGCAGAUUCGUCCGUCGCGCUAGCCCGCUGGUUGACUGCCGCCUCCUUCCUUGCCGGUUUUGGCCAAGUCGUUGCAACCAGCGCGUCGCAUUCCAUCACAUCACUGCUCACCCAGCCACCGCUCGUUCGCUCUCCAUUCCACCACCUUUCGAUUCACGACUUGGCACGCCUGCUCUGAGUGUACUCGCCCGAGUACCUACCUAGCAGGAGGCGCCUUCGCCUCCUUCCACCCCCCUCCUUCUCCCACCAACCACCUUUAAUCGACGACACCUUUUUUAACACAAUGCUA